UCAAACCCAAGCUCCCGGCGCAUUGCGAAGGCGCGCAUUGUCUUCAAUCUUGGAGCUCCUAGGGUAUGGUGGAAAUCCCCAGGAGUCUAGGAUUUCGUCCUGAAAUUUCAUCUUCGAUGUCCAGAUCGAUCAAUCCAGUGGCGCGGCCGGCAAUGUCGAGCUGCGGCAUCUACAUGGUUUUACCCAAGGAUCGCGAUGAGUCCUCGCUUUCGGAAUCCCUGCUCGCUCGCUAUCCGUCCAUGCCGAGGUAUCCUCCCUCUCCGCCCAGGCGGGACAUCGACGCCGCGCAAACCCAGAGCGUGUCCUUCAAGGUAACUGGCAUGGAAUGCACUGCCUGUGCCGGAUCUAUCGAGAAGGCCCUCAAGAGGCUCCCGGGCAUCAAAGAAGCGGCUGUGGCAGUGAUCCAAGAGAAGGCCCAGGUCGUCUUUCAUCCAGCGUUUGUUCAAGUAGAGACUAUCCGCGAAGCCAUUGUUGACGCUGGAUUCGACGCGACCGUCUUGAAAGAUUCUAUCGAGCAGUCGCGCAACUCAGUGUGCCGGAUCCGGGUGAGAGGUAUGACUUGCACGUCGUGCUCGGGUGCCAUUGAGGCGGCGCUCAGGAAAAUCCCAGGGGUGGUGAGUGCGGUGGUGGCCCUUGCGACCGAGCAAGCCGAAAUCUUUCACGACGCCAGCGUGGUUAGCUACUCGAAACUCAUCGAAGCCGUGGAGGAGGCUGGCUUCGUGGCCGAGCUGGUGAGCGCUGGAGAGGAAAGAAACAAGGUCCAUUUGCAGCUGGAAGGUGUGCAUUCACGGGAAGGCUUUAGAAACAUCGUUACCUCGCUGGAGGCUCUGGCUGGGGUGACGGAGGUGGAGCUUUUUCUCAAGGAGGAAAGGCUGGUGGUUUCUUACGAUCCCGACUUAACAGGCCCGCGAUGCUUCAUAGAGAUUAUCGAGCAGACAGGACCGGCGAAUGUAUACAAGGCGAGUUUGGCUAUGGGAGCAGACCGUCGAGCAGAUAUGAAGAGCGAGAUCAAGCACUAUUGGAAUCUCUUCUUAUGGAGCAUUGUCUUCACGGUUCCGGUGUUCUUCCUGGGGAUGGUGUUUAUGUACACUCCGGGCACGAUGAAGAGAUACGUCGGGUGGAAGGUGAUCAACAUGCUCACCGUCGGGCAGAUACUGAGAUGGAGUUUGUCUACGCCUGUCCAGUUCGUCAUCGGGUGGCGGUUCUACGUUGGGGCUUACAAUGCUCUACGCCAUGGUUCGGCCAACAUGGACGUUCUCAUAGCUCUCGGGACGAAUGCUGCGUACUUCUACUCCGUCUACUCCGCUUUAAGAUCUGCGACGUCUGACUCGUUUGAAGGGACGGACUUUUUCGAGACGAGUUCUAUGCUCAUAUCGUUUAUUCUUCUGGGGAAGUUCCUGGAGGUUCUGGCCAAAGGGAAAACGUCUGAAGCCAUCGCGAAGCUUAUGAAUCUCACGCCUGAUACGGCCAUUCUCCUGACGCUGGACGAGAAGGGAAACGUUACUUUCGAGCGAGAAAUCAUUACGCAGCUCGUACAACGGAACGACGUCGUCAAAGUUUUGCCUGGCUCCAAAGUGCCAACUGAUGGAGAGGUGAUUUGGGGACAGAGUCAUGUGAACGAGAGCAUGAUCACUGGUGAAGCCCGGCCGGUCGCAAAACGAAGUGGUGACAAAGUCAUUGGUGGGACUAUGAACGAAAACGGAGUGUUACAUGUCCGCGCAACGCAUGUUGGAUCUGAGACGGCUCUUGCGCAGAUAGUUAGGCUGGUGGAAGCGGCACAGAUGGCUAAAGCUCCCGUUCAAAAGUUUGCUGACCGUAUAUCUCAAUACUUCGUUCCCAUGGUUGUUGGCGCAUCAGUUCUCACAUGGAGCUUCUGGUUCUGUGCUGGGAAAGCUAGCUGGUAUCCCAAGUCUUGGAUCCCACCGAGCAUGGAUGAAUUUGAGCUAGCACUUCAGUUUGGUAUUGCUGUGCUUGUCAUUGCUUGUCCUUGCGCCUUGGGGCUGGCCACGCCUACUGCUGUCAUGGUUUCAACUGGAAAAGGAGCCACGCAAGGCGUCCUUAUCAAAGGUGGUGCUGCUUUGGAGACAGCACGCAAGGUUGACUGCAUUGUGUUUGACAAAACGGGUACUCUCACGAAAGGAGAGCCGAGUGUUGUUAACACGAAGCUAUUUCGGUACAUUGCUCUGAAGGUCUUCUUCAGCAUUGUUGCUAGUGUGGAGGCCAACAGCGAGCAUCCUCUGGCCAAGGCAAUAGUUGAAUUCGCAAAAGGUCUGAGACUUCAAGAACCACUCGAGCAGCACCAAGUACAGGACUUUAGAGCUGUUCCUGGUCAGGGAGUUCAAGCAGUGGUGACCGGAAAACGAGUUUUGGUGGGGAACUACAAGCUCAUAUCGGAGAACGGCAUUUCACUUCCUCCGCAAGCCUCAGAGCAGCUCCAAGACGUUGAGGUGCUGGCCAGGACCGCCGUGCUGGUUGCGAUCGACGGAGAACUCACGGGCCUUAUCUCGGUCGCAGACCCGAUGAAACCAGAGGCACCGGCCGUGAUCUCCACGCUCAAGCUGAUGAACAUCAAGAGCGUCAUAGUGACUGGAGAUAACCGAGGCACAGCUCUCGCCGUUGCUAGAGAAGUUGGCAUCCAGCCGAAAGACGUCAUCGCCGAGGCCGAUCCCAAAGCAAAGGCUGACAGAGUGAAGGAGUUGCAAAGCGCGGGCAUGGUGGUCGCGAUGGUCGGAGAUGGUAUCAACGAUUCCCCGGCUCUGGUUGCCGCGGACGUUGGAGUGGCCAUCGGUGCCGGCACCGACAUAGCGAUUGAGGCGGCGGACAUUGUCCUCAUGAAGAGCCACCUGGAAGACGUGGUCACCGCCAUCGACUUGUCCAGGAAAACGUUCUCGAGGAUUCGUCUUAACUACGUGUGGGCUCUGGGAUACAACGUCCUGGGAAUUCCAAUCGCGGCCGGGGUGCUCUAUCCUUGCUCGAGAUUCCGGCUUCCACCAUGGAUCGCCGGUGCCGCUAUGGCCGCCUCGUCCGUGAGCGUGGUUUGCUCCUCGCUGCUACUCAAGUAUUACAAGCGACCAAAGAAACUGGAGCUCAUCGUCCACUAGCGAUAAUAAUAAUCUCGAAUAUUCCAAACAAUUCGAAGUAUCUUAAA